AUGGAUCACUCAAUUCAGCGCUCGCUGAAUGAUAAGCUCUACGACCGGAGGAAACAGGGGGCCCUGGAACUCGAGAAGGUCGUCCGCGAUGCUGCUUUCAGGGGUCAACACGAGGAGAUCCAAAAGAUUGUCGACCAACUCUGCCAUGACUACGCCUAUGCGGUACACCAACCUCACGCGAGAAACGGCGGUUUAAUCGGACUUGCUGCGGCUUCCAUAGCAUUAGGAUCCGAAGGGGUUGCUCCUUAUCUGAAGGAAAUCGUACCGCCGGUGCUUGCUUGCUUUUCCGAUCAAGAUGCCCGAGUCAGGUAUUAUGCUUGCGAGAGCAUGUACAACAUUGCCAAAGUUGCGAAAGGCGAGGUGCUACUCUUCUUCAAUGAAAUAUUCGAUGCAUUGAGCAAGCUAGCUUCCGAUUCGGAGCUUUCGGUCAAAAACGGCGCAGAACUCCUCGAUAGACUCGUCAAAGACAUCGUAUCGGAAUCCGCGGCCUCCCAUAUCUCCGUCUUACAGCUCAGCGAAAAGGAAGCAACAGAUCCUGAAGGCUUAGACGAUGCUGAACUUCCUACCGCUUUUUCGCUACCUAAAUUCAUCCCUUUGCUCAAAGAGCGAAUCCACGUCAUCAGCGCGUUUACCCGCACAUUCCUGGUAUCAUGGUUGACUCUGCUGGAUACAAUCCCUGAUCUGGAGUUGAUAUCGUAUUUGCCGGAAUUCCUAGGAGGCUUGAUUAAGUUCCUGGGUGAUCCGAACAGAGAUGUCAACGUCGCUACCCAAGCGCUUCUGGAUAGGUUCCUGUCGGAGAUUAAGAGGAUCGCGCGACUCAAGAAGGGUAUCGAAGAAAGCCGGAAAGGUCAAGGCAGCGAUAUCAGGCAGUCAACUACCAGCGAUAGUAUGAGCGUUGCGACGACUACCGAUCAAACUGUAGCUGUCGAGUCUGAAGUGACAGACAACGCCAUAGAGGACUCUGAGGCAGGAUCAGUUACCGAUGAGGAAGGCUUGCACGUGGAUGGGGACUGGAUUCCCGGACAAGAUGUCCAGAUUGACUAUGCCAAGAUAUUAGACAUUCUCGUCGGUUUCGUUGAUACAUCUUUCGUGGAGGAAAUGCAGUUGACUGCGCUGCGCUGGAUCGACAACUUCUUCGAAAUCAGCCCAGAAGACAUUCUCCCUUUCGUUCCUCGUCUCCUCACUCAAGUGCUCCCAGCAAUGUCCAGUGGUUCGGAUCAAGUGCGGCAGGCCGCCAACCGGGUCAACACGUCUUUGAUGGAGUAUAUCGUCACGUUGUCCGAAGAUACAGUAGAUGAAAGUCGGCAAGCGGCAUUGAAAAGUACCAGCAAAGAAAAUACGGAGCGAAGGUCGUCUACGCCGGUUAGCAAGCCUCCCGAGACUCCAUCGAGUGAAUCCAAGAAGCAAUUGUCUCAGCCAGAGGCAUCAGUCGAACAAACCCCUCGAAGCAGCAUGUCAACACCAUUACCACCCGCCGACCUCGAUUAUGCUGCUGCCGUGAACUCCCUUACCCUACAGUUCCUGAACGAAAACGAGGCCACCAGAGUAGCCGCGCUUUCCUGGCUUAUAAUGUUGCACCGAAAGGCGCCCAAGAAGGUCAUUGCAUUUAAUGAUGGCACAUUUCCUGCUCUUCUGAAGACACUGUCCGAUCCGGCCGAAGCCGUCGUCACCAAAGAUCUCCAGCUUCUAUCACAGAUUUCCAGAAACAGCGAGGACAGUUACUUCAAGUCUUUCAUGGUGAAUCUCCUGCAGCUGUUCUCCACGGACAGACACCUGCUCGAGGUACGGGGGAACCUGAUUAUCCGACAACUGUGCAUGAAUCUUAGUCCAGAGCGCAUAUAUCGGACGCUGGCAGAUUGUCUCGAGAAGGAAGAGGAUAUCGAGUUCGCCAGUAUCAUGGUUCAAAAUCUGAACAACAACCUGAUAACCGCCCCUGAACUCUCGGAACUGAGAAAGCGCUUAAGGAAUCUUGACGCCAAGGAUGGGCAGAUGUUCUUUGUAGCGCUGUUCCGGUCAUGGUGCCACAAUGCCGUCUCUACAUUCUCCCUCUGUCUACUCGCGCAAGCCUACGAGCAAGCAUACAACCUCCUCCAAGUUUUUGCCGAGCUCGAAAUGACAGUGAACAUGUUAAUCCAAAUAGACAAGCUAGUUCAACUCCUCGAAUCGCCCGUCUUUACCUACCUCCGCCUCCAGCUCCUCGAACCAGAACGAUACCCCUACCUCUACAAAUGCCUCUACGGCGUCCUCAUGCUCCUCCCCCAGAGCUCCGCCUUCGCGGCGCUCAAGAACCGCCUCAACAGCGUCAGCAGCAUCGGCCUCAUCCACACCGGCCCCCGACAAACCACCCUCUCCUCCUCAUCCACCACCUCCUCCACCUCCACCUACGACCGCUCCACCAACAGCCGACUAAAACGCGACGACCCCCCAAUCCGAUGGGUCGAGCUCCUCGACAAAUUCAAGACGGUGCAAGAGAAAGCCCGCCGGUCUCAACGCGCCUCGCAGCGUCCCUUCGACGCAGACGGUCCCUCAUCCUCCAGCAACAAUAACAACAAUAACAACAACGCAAGCGAUCAGGUUCGCGGCGGCGGUAGCACCAGAGAUCGGGUCUCCGCUUUACCUGAUACUCCGCGGGGAUUAGCCGGAGGUGGGAAUACCGGAGGUGCGGGGAAUGAAGGUGGUAGUGGUGGUCGGGGAACGAACGAAGGGGGUGCGGGUAAAUCCUCGCCGGGAGGCAUUCUGGGCGGUGCGCAUAGACAUAAAUCUAGUUUGUCGAAUCUGGGGAGGUUGGGGAUUGGGGGCAGGAAGUCGAAGAGGUGA